AUUCUACUCUCUUCAUUGCUUUACCUUGUUUUAAAACUUCACAAUUGUGAAUUUUCUUAACAAACAAUAAAUAAAUUUGCCAUUUCAUUUAAAAUAGACAAGUCCAAAAGUUUGCCAUCAGCACAAUCAAUAUUGGUUUGAAGACAGCUGGGUCGUAACGUGCGGAGGCACCUUGAGACGAGUUGUGUUCUGCAGACGACAAUUAAAAUCGAAGCCAAAACGAAAAUAAAAGAAUUACAACAAAUCGAAAGGAAAUUGAGAAGAGGAAAUAACAUAAUAAAAACCAAGUGAUGGUCUUGGUGAGCAACGAAUGGCGGAAUAAUAAGGAUGACGAGCAGAAAUCACCACCAUCAUCAGCAUCAUCAACACCACCACCAACAGCAGCAGCAGCAGCAGCCGAAACAGGAGCAGCUACAACAGCAGCAACGACGGAGGGAGAAGCACCACCAGCAGGAUUAGUCGGAGGAGCAGCUGGAACUGUUGAUGGAGCUGGUAUAAAUAAGCGAAAAAAGCAAAGCAAUAAUAAUAAUAUGGAAACGAAUAAAAAGCAAGCAGGAGGAGCAGCAACAGCAACAGCAGGGGAGCAAGAUAAAAUACUCCAAAUCCUUAAAAUGGAUAAGCAUGAAUUGGAGACGACGACAACAGCACCAACAAACGAUCUGAUUAUGAAUGAUGAUCCUAAUGAGAAUCAGGAGAAUAAUAAUGUGGAAAUCUGUGAUUCCAAUACAAAUACAUUGCAGAGUCAUAAUCAGCAGCAACAGCAGCAGCAGCAUCAACUGAGCAGCAGUCCCGAUCGUCAUGCGACAAUUAUUUCGACCAACUCAACUGGUGGAAGUAAUACACCACAACAGCUGCAACAGCAACAACAGGUGCUCAAUAUGGCCCUGAAUUCUGUGAUUAAUGGUGGAAAUAGUGGAAAUGGUGGUGGUGUUAGUGGAGACGGAGUAGGUGGAGGAGGAGUUGUGGUAGCAGGAGGAACGGGAGUUCCACUCUUCGGUUCAUUGAGUGGACUGAAUAAUGGUGCCUUAUUGCAGCGUGAUUCAAUUGAAUUGCAAUCAAAUCAAUCAUUAACGGCCGCCACCGAUCUCGAUAUCGAUACUAGCCGCUGUUCCGCCAAGGGCGAGGCGAAAAUUGUCCUACAAUGUGAGGCGAAAUCGCACAAAUUUGAUACUCGCACCAUUUUGUUGCAACCAAAUCAGGAAUGCAAGGUGGGACGCCUUAUAGCCAAGAGUAAGGCCAGCGAGGGUAAUGCCAUUUUUGAUUGCAAAGUUCUAUCACGCAAUCAUGCCAUGCUAUGGUAUACAUCGGACGGUCAUUUCUAUGUCAAGGACACCAAAUCGAGCAAUGGUACAUUUAUCAAUGACACCAAAUUGGGCAAUGAACCGGCCGAAUUGCAUUAUGGUGAUACUGUUAAAUUUGGUGUCGAAGUUAUUGAGAAUUCACGCCAAGAGGUUCAUGGUUGUAUUAUUGCUCGAGUUACCCUGUUCCUGCCGGAUGGACGUGAGGCCAUCUCAAUUGAAGCGGAUCAAUUGCAAUUGGUUGGUCCCAAUCGCAUCAGUUUCGAUGAAAUCCAGCGCUUGAACUCAUUCCUCCAAGAGGCAGCGCAGCGUGAAAAGAUGCUUAAGGCCAAGCUAAGCAGUUUACAGGGUGUUCUCGAUUCGACACGCAAGAAUUCGGCCAUGUGUUGGCAGAGUAUGAUCACCGAAGAUCAAUUGUUGCACAAAAUCAAUCUUCUGGAAAAGAAAUUGCAAAUGAUGGAAAAAAAUGUUCCGGAGAAUGCUUUAAGAAAUGAGAUUGUCAAGCUGUUGGAGGAUAAGACCACUUAUCAAUUGACUGCCAAAGAGGCUCUACGCAAGGUCUAUCAGGAGCGUUGCGAUGCAAUGCAAAUGGUUUCGAAAAUGGAGAUGGCCUAUGCCACCUCGGAGAAUGAAUGCAGCAUUUUGCGUGCCCAGAUUCUGACCUCUAAACAGAAUCUGCAGGAUUACAAUACGCGUUUGGAGCAGCUUCAGCAAGAAUAUGUGGAGUAUAAACAGGAUUCAUUGCGUCAGCAGCAAGAGGCUAAAGAGCAGGAGGAGCAACGAUUGGAACAUCUCAAAGAGCAAUUGGGCACACAAGAGCAAGAAAUGGAAGAGUUGCGUGCUCAGCUAAAGAUUUUACAGCAUACCAUUGCCGAGCAUGACAGCGAGCAGAAGUUGCAGGAGCAAAAUGCCCUGGAGCAACUGGACGCGGCCAUUACCGACAACAUGGACGAAGGUGAUGAUGAUGACGAUGACGACGACAACGACGAAGGCGACGAUGAUGCUGAUGCUGACGACGAGAAGAGUAAGAACAUUGAUGAGAAAGAUGCAGACACAAAGCAGCUGGGCGAGAAAAUUGAUGAGUUGAAACAAAAGAAGAAUAAAAAGUCCAAGCGUGACAAUCAGGAGAAAUUCGACAUAAAGAACAAAGUAAUACGCAAAUCUGCCGUAAUUAAAUGGCUUAAGAACUCGGAUCUCAAUAAAGGUGAAGGUGGUAGCGAUAUAUUGCAAGCCAUUAUCAAUAGUGCCGAUUCCGGAGAUGAAGAGAAUGAGAAUAAGGAACAUCAGCCGGAGCACGUCGAAUCAGAGGCCAGCGAUGAGUUUAUACACAAUUCACCAAAAAGUGUUCGGCUGAAUGGAUUAGAUAAUUCGGCCGUUAAAACACAUAAGCUGGAAUCGCAAGAGACUCUGGUGCUGGACUUUAACAAUGGUGAGGAACUGUCCGAAGAUCAAGCCAUUGAAAUGCUUCAAGAGGAAUGUCAAGCAUAUAAGCAAAAGACCACAUUGUUGACCAACGAGAUUCAUGAUCUGCAAAGCCAAAUGGAUGCAUUAAAGGAACUGCUAGCACUCGAGAAACAGAGUAAGUCUAGUAUAACAUCCGAAGUGGUGGAGCAAGAGAAGGCGGUAGAAAAAGAAGAGGACAAGGACGAAUCAAACAAAUCGCAGCGACGUCAGCUAUCUGGCCAAGAGGACAGUGAUUGCCUGGAUGAUAAUGAGGCUUGCAGCUGGAAAGAGGAUUUGGCUGCCAUUCGUAAUUCAAAUGUCGAACAAGAAGAGGAGCUAAUUGUGUAUAAGGAACGUCUGGAGCAAUCAGAGAGCAGCGUUCUUUUAUUACGGAACGAAAUCUCACAAUUAUUGUUGAAGCAACAGCAAGCGGGACUCGCGGAAGACAAGCAACGUUUAAUGUACCGUAUCCUGCCAGUUGGAUGUAUAGUUCUGGCUGCCGUAAUUUAUAUCCUCACAUCUCGCCUCUAAGAAGCGGAUAGCAACAUAAUUCCCCUUCCCCCCUACUCUCCCAUCUCUUUCAACACCACCCACACUCAAAACCAAACCCAAACACCUCACACAACACACACACACACACACACACAAACGAGAGAUUGAAGCCAUGUUGGAUGUAAAGUGCAAACAAAAACCAGGAAUGGAUGGACCGUUUUACAGUUAAUUAUAUAUAUAUAUUUAUAUGAAUAGGUAGCGUUAUAAUUCGAGCUUUACUCUAUAUUUUCAUUUGCUUUGUUUCCUCCCCCCCACCCCCACCCAAUUUUCCGUUGAGCGCAAAAUUAACAGUCGUAUAUAUGAAUUGAAACGAAGUCUAAAAACAAAAACGAACAUUAAAAACAUCAACAAAAAAAAAAAAUACAACUUACAAAUAAACAAAACGAAACACAAGGGUUAGUUAAUUAUUAAGUUGGUCCCCUCACCCAAAAAAAAAAAACAAAAAAAAUCAAUCUAUUUAACAAAUAAUUGUUUUAUUAUGCGUUAAUUGUCAUCUAAAUUUAUCUUAUUUUUUUUUUGUAACGGUGGUGCGUUCUAUUGAAUCGUCAGCCGCGAUAAUCGAUUUGUGUAUAGAAAAUG